CUGAUUUUAGAGUCCAUUUAUAUUACACGUGAAUCUGUUGACCCAUUUCCCCCUUUUCACUCACAACUAUGUAAAUACAGCCGUCAUAAAUGCCCACACAAUGCCCGAAAAUCUCAAAUCAGAGGCCCAUGCGGAGUUUCAGAAUACACCACCAAAUAUGUUCCGUAUGAUGUAAAACCGGUAGAAUCUUACAAGCCACCACAUCGUGGGGUAGAUACACAUGGCGAAAUGGCCUCGGAAACCACACAUCGCGUGGAUUUUGUGCCGCACCCGUUAAGUACGCAAACAUCGUGCAAGAAAGAGAUCGCCUACGAAUCACCCACGGUUGCAUUCGAUGGCCUGUCCACCUAUACGAAAGAGUUUACCCCCGAUUAUCGACUAUGGGAAUUAGAGGCGCGUAAACGACCCGCAGCAACAGAAUGGACACCACCAACCGUUCGUUUUGGUGGAAUCCCAACUUACACAUCGGACUAUAUUGGUCAUAGUGCGGCUUUUGAAAGUGAUGCCGAUCAAAUAAUAAAAGAUGCGUACCGGCAACAUCUGAUCACAGAAAGAGCACACCCGAUCAUAAACAAGGAAUGCACCCAAAAAGCCACAGUACCCAUGGAACAUUUAUCCACACAUAUGCAAGACUACGGUUGGAAAACGUCAGUGCCUCCAUCUUCAUGUAAGCCGAUACACACAGAAAUUCAAAACAAGGAGCCAUUUGCCCAAGAUACUACACAUCGAGCAGACUAUCGGGAAUGGCCGAGCGAUCGCGCACAUCCAAUCACUCCCUCUGUAUCCUAUCGGCCACCAAGUGGUGAGAUGAGCGGAGACACCACUUACAUGGCUGAUUAUGUGCCACACGCAUGGAGUCGAAAUCAAUUGUUCGGACCGAAACAUAAACGCCAGUUGGACUUACCACCAUUCGAAGGUAUGUCAGAUUACCGGGACAGUUAUCGGGCUUGGAGUGUCGUCGGCAAACCGCGUGUUUGUUCACCGGACAAUGCGUAUCGAUCUCCAUCGGUGCCGUUUGAUGGUAGAAGCACCAGUAAACAGCACUAUGUGCCACACUGGGGUCACCACCCAGCGGAGUCCUGCAAACCGCAGGUACAACCGCUGUCUAGCGAGACCGCAUUCGACGAUGCCACGAUAUAUCGUGCAGAAUAUACAGCGAAACAUUUGGAUCCAUGUCCCGCUGCACUGUUAAACACAAAGAUGAGUUUGUAUCGGUUCGAACAAGAGAAUGAAGAGGGUCACAUGAUCUAUUAUCGGAAUACCGAUGAAGGAAAUUCGUUCAGCCCCAACACAGACAAAAUGGAUACCCAUCCCAACAUAUCAACAGCUGUUGCAGUGGCUAAUUAG